AUGUCUCGACCGAAAGUAUUAGAAAGACUUAAGGAUAUUUUUCAGCCAAUUGCUUAUGAGAGCAACGAAAAGAUUCCAAGUGUAAUUGACCCUAACAUAUACUCUAUUUGUUUAUAUCCAUCUUCUAGGCUUCUCACCGUAAACUGCAAAUUAAAGGAACUGAUGUCAGUUAAACUUGGUACAGAACUUAAACUUAAUGCGGAAAUAACGUUUGCUUCAUCCACUUCGAAGAAAGUUUUAGAAACUCAAAUACGCAGUGUUGUCAUGGGACACGAACACGGACAUGAACCAGACUGGACUGGACUUCCCGGACAUGGACUUUCGGAUGUCCCGUGUCCGCCAAAAUCACCGGGACAACGUCCGUGUACAACACUGCAAAUACGUGUUGUGGAUAUGAAGGAAAAGUCAAACAAUGAAAACGACGAGCAACCUUUAAACCUUCCAUAUGUAUUGCAUGAGUUUACUAUUGUCAUAGAUACUUCAAGUGUUAAAAAUAAGGAAGAAAUUUCAAUCUCUGUCCGAAAAGAUCGUAUCAUCAAUAUCAAAGGAAAUUCUCGUGAUACUAUUCCUGGAAAACAGCUUGAUAGUAAAAAUUCACUUAGGAAAGGAAAUUCGACAUCGAAGUUAAUUUACAAAAAA